GGUUGAUACGAAUUGAAAUUUCGAGGGUGCCUGACAAUUUUAGAGAAUGGAACAUUUCUUUUAAGUCUAGUUAGUCUCAUUCGGAUAUUUUAUUACAGACCACGGUUUCUUGAUUUUCAAUUUUUUAUAAUCAAAAAGCUUGAUAAUUUCGAGGAAGAGGAGGGGUUUUAAUAAAAUUCUCCAUUCUCAAUCGGUUAUUUUUAUUUUCUGUUUUCGUCCUAGGAUUAAUCAUUUAAAAUUUUAAUUAUUGGAAAUUUGAGUAGUCAUAAGGUUAACUUGCCUCGGUGUGAGAUAACUGUACUUUUGCCAUUCCACAACUCGAGUACCUCAGUGCGAUCUAAGUGAUUACGACAGCUGGUAAAAUACUAAAUUCCGUGAUAUUCCUAGUGAGAUCGAAGAUGCAAAUGACCGUUUUGGCAAUUCCGGAGACAAUUCUACUGAUUCUACUGAUAGUGAAAUUAUUAGACCUGUAAGAAAGCGUAGGGUGGCGGUGCUUUCAAGUGAUUCCGACACUGAAGAAGAUAGUUGAUAAUUGUUGGUCUGAAAUUGACACUCCACCACGCCUACAAACGUCUGAAGGUCAUGCUGGGGUCUCAGUGUAACUCUGUACCCUCUGUGACCAAUCUCUUUUUUGGUGAUGAAUUGUUUUGAGAUGAUGUGCAAAGUGCUGUUUGAGAUGCUGUCCAACUAUCACGAUCAAGACUCAAUGAAACAUCAAACAGCAUGUAGAGCACUAAAGUGGUCUCCGGUUACGCAGGACAUCAAGGAAUUCCUUGGCCUAAUUAUUCUGAUGUGUCAAACAAGAGAAGAUGGCUUGAAAGAUUAUUGGCCAACAGAAAAUGCAGAAGGCGAUGUUGAAAUGGAACGGAGUACCCACGCAGGUGGUGACGGCGGGUCGUUGGAUAGAGGAAGGCCUUUCACCGACCGGUAAAAGAGACGUAGUGAUCGUAGUCACCGGAAAUCCGGGGAUAGCAGAGUUCUACGAAGAAUUUACUAAGAGUUUAAAAAGCAGAUUGCCCAGCGAGGUUCCCGUGUGGGUAAUAGGUCACACGGGGCACGUGCAGCCACCCAGCAACUUGGCAAUAACUAUGCCCAGUGUUUCGAACUGGGAAGAGAAUUAUAGCCUCACUGCCCAAGUCAAACACAAGGUAGACUUUAUUAAGAAAUACGUGCCAGAGGACGCUAGACUGCACUUAAUUGGACAUUCCAUAGGGGCUUGGAUGAUUUUAAACAUUUUAAAGGACGAUUCAAUAUGUAAAAGAGUCUCCAAGUGUUACUUACUGUUCCCAACCAUCGAGCAGAUGGCUGAGACCAAGAACGGGUGGUUCUUCACGAGAAUUGUCUCCAGAAUCGCGUUCCUUCUAAUCUUUCUUUCCUAUAUCUUCUCGUUCUUCCCAAAAUUCCUUCAGCGUCUCCUUAUAACUGCUUUUUUCCCUAUACAUGGUGUCCCAGGAUCUCACAACGAGGCUGUACUUCAUUUACUAAACCCGAAGAGCUUGAGGAAUGUCCUUAAGCUCGCUAAAGAGGAGAUGAAAACUGUGAAGCAACGAGACGAUCCGCUCAUUACAAGAAAUAUCGAUAAAUUGUGGUUUUACUAUGGCAACUGCGAUGGCUGGGUGCCUGUCAAGUUUUAUCACGAUCUCAAGGCGAAACAUCCUGAGGCUCGAGCUCAAUUAUGCAAACAAGGCUAUUAUCAUAGUUUUGUACUGAAACAUAGCAGGGAGUUCGGCAAACUUGUUGGUGAGGCUAUUAACUUGAAUUAACCUUUAAACUUCUUUGUUUCUUCUCGUUUUAAUCUCAGAAGCAUGUAUUUAUUUUGUACUAAUGAAAUAAAAAGUCUGAGAAUUUA